AUGUUAUUUAUUUCAUGUCAUCGUACUGAAAAAGACACUUUGAACCUGAACAACAAAGCAGUGGCACUGUACCAAUCCAAUGAUAUGGCCGGGGCUGCCAAGACAUACUACGAGUCACUUUGUCUUGUCAAGGAAUUGUUGAAGUGUACAAUGACCAUUCCUCGUCAAGGAAGUGGCGUGAACCACCACUCCACAAAUACUUUGCCUCAGCAUGAAUGCUUCCAUACUUCUACUGAGACAUCCAUCAAUACCCCCAUACAAGAGAAGUUCUUUGUGUAUCAAAGCGCAUUAGUUUUGCAAGAAGCUCCCUCAUUUGGUGCGGAGCAUCGCGUGCAAUCCAUGAAUAUCUGCUGUGCUGGAAUCUUGUUUAACACGGCCAUACUGCAUCACCAAAAGUCGAUCAAGACUGGAAUGUCGGCAUCCAUGUAUCAAGCAGAACAGCUUUACCAAGCAAGCCUUCCCUCAUUGCAUUUGCAGUCAGUAACAACUUUUUUGAGAAGGCUCAGAUCGAGUUUGAGAAAGGACUGGUGA